CUUUUACGUCCUUCGAUCAACAGCAACAGGUUCUAAGUACAAAGAAAAUUCUUCAGCAGCCAUUGUACCUUUAACGCGCGGGUCGCGAUCGGUUCGUUAAGUGUUCGAUGGGCUACAUUAUAUUCUGCACAUAUUAAUAUUUAUUGACACAUUUGCACAAGAAAAAUUUAUAUCCAGUUUUUUAAGAUAUAAAAAUGCCUGCACCAGAAGCUGAUUGUCAUAGUCGUAAAGCUAAUUUUAAAUUUAAUAAUAAACAUGAGGAAGCACGUAGAAGAAGGAGUGAAAUAUCAGUAGAAUUACGUAAAGCUAGAAAAGAUGAACAAUUAUUAAAACGACGAAAUUUGAAUGUAGGCAAAGAAUCACAAAAUCCUGUGAGUGAAAGUAAUCUUUCACCCAUUUCUGUAUCUAUAGAAGAAAUUGUCAAUGGCAUGAAAUCUUCAGAUCAAACAAUUCAACUACAAGCAACACAAGCAUGUAGAAAAAUGUUAAGCCGAGAAAAGAAUCCACCUAUAGAUAUUAUGAUUCAACGUGGAAUUGUUCCACGAUGUGUUGAAUUUUUAGAUUAUCAUCACAAUGCUGCAUUGCAAUUUGAAGCAGCAUGGGCUCUGACAAAUGUUGCAUCUGGUACAUCAGAGCAAACUCAUGUUGUUGUUAAACAUGGUGCUAUACCAAAAUUGGUUGCAUUACUUAAAUCUGCAUCACCUAAUGUUGCUGAACAAGCUGUAUGGGCACUUGGUAAUAUUGCUGGAGAUGGUCCAGCAGCUCGAGAUCUUGUUCUUGGAUACGAUGCUAUGCCACUUUUAUUAGAAUUAAUUAAACCUGAUACUUCUGUAACAUUUACACGUAAUAUUGUUUGGACAUUAUCGAAUUUGUGUCGUAAUAAAAAUCCUCCACCUCCAUUUGAAAUUGUAAGAACUGCUCUUCCAGUGUUAAAUCGUUUACUUAGUAAUAACGACAAAGAUAUACUAGCUGAUGCUUGUUGGGCUCUUUCAUAUCUUACUGAUGGUUCUAAUGAUAAAAUACAAGCAGUUGUUGAAUCUGGAGUUAUACCAAAACUUGUACAAUUACUUACUUCAACUGAAGUGACAGUUUUAACACCUGCACUUCGUGCUGUUGGAAAUAUAGUUACAGGAAAUGAUAUGCAAACAGAUGCAAUAAUAUCAGCAGGUGGUUUACAACAUUUGGGACUAUUAUUGCAACAUCAUCGUAUCAAUAUCGUUAAAGAAGCUGCAUGGACUAUCAGUAAUAUUACUGCAGGGAACAUAGAACAAAUUCAACAUGUUAUAAAUGCUGGUUUAUUGCCACUUUUAAUACAUGUUUUAGAAUCUGGAGAUUUUAAAUCUCAAAAAGAGGCAGCAUGGGCAGUAACAAAUUUAACUUCAGGUGGAUCAGUACAACAAUUAGCUCAACUAGUACAAUUAGGAGUGCUUGCACCAUUUUGCAAUCUUCUAGAGGCCAAGGAUUGGAAAACAAUAAUUGUUGUUCUUGAUGGUCUAACUAAUAUUUUCAAUGCAGCAGAAAAAAUGGGAGAAAUUGAACGAGUAGCUAUUAUGAUAGAAGAAGUUGGAGGUUUGGAUAAAUUAGAAGCUCUUCAGCAUCAUGAUGUAGAACAAGUAUAUCAAAAAGCUACUGCAAUGAUUGAUAACUUCUUCUCAGAACCGGAAGCUGAAGAAUCAACGUUAACAACACCUACAGCAACUGAUGGUCAAUUGGAAUUUAAACCAGCUGAAACAGCACAAAAGGGUUUCAAUUUUUAAGAUUCCAUAACCAGUUUUACGUUAUUUAAUUAAUAUACUAGUGUGUUUCAGUUCUUUUUGUAAAUAGGUUUACAUUUUUUCGUCGUUGCAAAUGAACAUUAAAGAAGAAUUUUUUGUCCCUUUCAUAA